AGCACAGAGCCGUGAUGGAGGCGGCUUUUGUCUAUGGGACUGUCCACCAGUUUGUUCUGACAACUGAGGCAACGCUGCUGAAAGAAGCUGGCAAUGAUGAGCCCGACGUGUCGUCCGCCCGGCUGUUGUUCUGCCACUGCCAGCGGGCCACGGAUCUGGCGCAGCCCUGCAGGAGGACAGCCAUGGGGCAGGCUCUGACGUUGCUCAACAUCCACAGGCACCUCAAGCUCAUGGGGGCUCCUCUGGUGACGGAGGUUGCUGAGGACCCAGAGAAGGUUUCCACCGUUCACUUACAGCUUGGGCUACCACUUGUGUUCAUCCUCAGCCAGAAAGAGACCUAUGAGGCCGACAGGAGGACAGCAGAGUUUGUGGCCUGGCAGCUCUUGGGGAAAGCAGGAGUUGCCCUUUUGUCCAGGGACGUCGUCAAUUUGAACGUUUUGCUCCGGUCGAACGUCGCUCUCAAGAUACCAGAUGAGGGAGUGCCAAUCAAAUACCUGGUCUUGGAAGACACUGAUGAAGUUAUAACCCUGGUGGAAGAUAGGAGCAAGGUCGAACAAAUCCAGGAGGAGGAGGAGGAGGAGGAAGACGAGGAUGCAAAAGAGAAUAACAAUCAAGACGUUCAGGAUGAUCAGGUGGUGGAAGCAGUUUCUAGGGACAAGAAGCGAGCGCUGCCCCUGGAGCAGAUCCUUCUGCUGACAGAGGAGACCUUCCGCUCUGCCCUCUUGGAGACUGCCCGGACAGUGGUGCUGUUUUAUGCCAGCUGGGAGGCAGUGUCCCUGGCAGUGCUGCGGACUUACACCGAGGUGGCCGAUCAGCUGAAAGGAACUCAGGGGGUUUUGCUGUCUCGGGUGAACUGCUGGGACUGGCCUGGCAUUUGCACAAAGGAGAAUGUCACUCAGUUUCCUACCAUCAAGAUUUACGAGAAGGGCGAGCGAUCGCGGAUGUACAAUGGCAUGUGGGGAGCUGAAGAACUGACCAGCUUCAUCAUGCUGAGCCGAGUUGCCUGCCCUCUGAAGCUGGCCACGAUUGAUGAAGCAGAAGGAUAUUUAAGAGGAGAGUUUCCAUCUGAGCUGUCAUCCUAUCACCACACUUCGCUUCUAGGAGUAUUUAGCACAGCCACGCGUGAAG